AUGCCCAUCAACUUCAAGUUCUCCAAAGACGGUAUAAUCCGUCGAGCUACCUUUUCUUCAAGCCCGUCCUGGAAAACUCUUGCUGAUAAGAUCCAUUUGUACUUUAAAGUCCCCCGAGACCGCAUUGCAGUGUCCUACCUUGAUGCAGAGGACGGAGACGACCCUGUCACUCUGAGCUCAGACGAGGAGCUUUCCGACUAUUACGAACGUGUUCCGUUGGGCGACACUAUCAAGUUCUCGGUGGUCGACCUCGGAGCUAGACCCUUUUUGACAGAAGGCAAGCCGCUCCCUGCUACUCCCCUCGGCUCUUCCUCCAGGAAUACGUUCAGUAGUUUCGGUGGAGGGCCAUCUCCCUUGAUUAUCGAAGUUGAAGAGGAUGGGUGGGACCAAUUUGGAUUCAGAGAUAUCUUGGGCUCUACGCCCAUCCGUUCCAACGAGAGCGGUCCUCACGCGUUCGUUGAAACUGUUGACACCGAUGUCGAUGCUUCCAGUUUGGGACAUGAAGAUGGGAGUAAUGUGUCUUUCAAAUCGUCGACGCUGGAAGGUAAAAGAGACAAGGGGAAAGCAAGGGAUAUGCAGCCGACCGUUUCUGAUGAUUCUUCAUCUUCCGUCUCUGUGAUUGACGCCGACGCACCCGAUAAACCUGACAUCCAUGUCCCAGUGCAUAGUCUGCGAGGCUUCGACUCCGGCACUUUUGGCCGUUCUUCCACGACAUCCUUGCCGUCAGCACAGCCUCAUCCGCGCCCCGACGAACGUCCCUUGAGUUCCACCUCCACUACUCGACCUACCGAUCAAUCGCAGGAACAUUCAACAGCGUCGUCAGAGCAUCUGAACAGGCAGUCAUCUCUCAAUGAUAACGCAAAGUUUACAGCAGCUCCUGGCGAUAUAUUCGACGACCCACCUCUUCCUGAUAUUCCUACCCCCUCUUCGGCGACCUCGGCCUCGUUGGUUAACGAUAUAGCUAGUCUCCUUGAGUCCAUUUCUGCAGUAUUUACUACCCAUCCAGAGUUAUUCGAAAAUUUGCGAACGAUUCUUCGAAAUACCACCAAUGGCACAUACUGGGCCGGCAGUCGCGAAUCUGUCGCAUCUGCAGUGGCAGAUCUCCGUCGCGCAGCAGAGGAAACUCGCAAUGCUACUACGAUAUCCGUGGAGCCGGCCCGCAUCGCUGAGCGAGAGGCAGGGAGAAGGGUUGCAGAAACUCUCGGCAGCAUGUUUCGUUCGAUCGGAGAAGUGACAGCCCAAUCGCCGCAAGAUGGACAUCGCUUGCAGCCUACUUCUCCUCCCACAGCCGUCGGUGGACCACGCUCUCUUCCCUUCGCCCCUCCGCCGCCAUCCAUGAAGAGAAACUUCAAGGCGUACUUACCACAACGAGACACGACGCCUUAUCAAAUACAUCCUUGGCAUAGGUUUGAUCAUCCCGUUCCUCCGCCUCCGCCUCCUCCACACAUGUACCGAGGGUGGAAUGGUAUACCGUCAGAGCAUAUGGCCUUUCCCCCACCCCCACCCCCACCCCCACCAUUCGUUCCUUCUAUGCCUCUGAAUGCUAGGCCUCCAGCUCAGGCCCAGGCCCCGCAUCGUAUCCCCGUUUGGAAUCAGUUCAGGCCAUAUCCGUAUAUCCCACCAUCUACCGCUCCCAUCAUCCCAGAGCGGCCUACUACUUCUGAAUCGCCUAGGCCUGAACCUCCAGAAGUAUCGUACUACGCGGCAUCUCCCAUGGACCGAGCAAGGGAGCAAGCCAGAAUGGCGGAGUUAAGGACGUCGUUGGAUGCUGCAAAGCAGACCUACAAAAAGGAGAAAGCGAGGUAUCGUAAGGAGCGGGAGGAAAGAAAGAAGCGCAGGGACCACAUGGCUGAUACUUCCUUCGACGUCCCUACAGCUUUCGGUGAAGAAGCCUCUACUACUGAUCCUGGAAGACCCAGGGAACGGUCCAAGUCUGUUCAGGUACAAUCUCCAGUUAUUUCUCCCUCAGCGACGCAGGUUAUCAGCAACGCCCGAGACGGAUUCCCGCAGAUGGAGAUGUUCAGCCUCCCGCAUAGCCCUCGCCGGCAUCACACUGUGGGCGGGUACCAUGACAGCGACAGACGAGUUGACAGUCCUGUUGUCGAAAAUACAGAUAUCUUAAAGAGGCAAAUUAUACGGCGUCUUAGCGAUAUUGAGAUGACGGAGCACGGCUAUCCGGACCUGAAGAAGGUAUUGGAAGCGCGUUUACCGUCUGGGGGAAAGAAAUUAACGCAGCUGGAGGAAGAUGAUCUUGUGAGUGAAAUAGUCGAUGAACUUUUGACGCUGGGGGGAAAUGAGGCCAAUGAGCCGCCGCGGGCUUCUGGGUCUCGAAUUGAUAGGGGUGCAGACUGAUUACCAUGAUCGAAUGGAUCCUCGAGGGUUUCUUCGUGGUCGGUGUACGAAUUUGUUGUGUGUUCCGGUGGGUGUACGAAUACGAUAUUAUCAUGUCGGCCCAUUUGUCUUUUUUAUGCCUUCCUCUAUAUCUUGUCAUCUGUUUCUAGUUUAGUUCAAUGUUUUGUAAGAGGCUAUCUGUAGUACUUAGUGUUAUUGUGAUUACGAAGAAAUGAUAUAUAGUAUGUGACAUUC